GAAGCUUUGGGGGAAGGGAGGAAGCGAUCGCCUGUGUCGAGAUGGAGUUCUUCUUUCUUCUUGCCUUCGUUCUGCCGGGAGUCCUCGGCCAGGGUCAGCAGCUCCUAUCCUUCGAGGAUGUGGCAGCAUCCUUGGAACUCGGGAAUCACGUGACGGCCAUCUUCGACGCCAAAAACUGCGACGUCCAAUUCCCACCCGAAUUUCGUUUCAUGCCUACGCUGGUGAUUCCCAUGGACCCGUGGACGAGGGUCCAGCUGGAGGACGGCAGCCAAGAUUUCAUCACCUUCAAUCACGACUUCAUCUUCUACGAUGGAGACUUCAUAGUGGUGACGGGAUCGCUGGACGACAUCGGGAGGGCCUCGUUCGUGCUCCACGAGAUCUCGGGCCUGGAUGGCUCGCUCAAGGAAUCCACGGUCGCGGAAUGCACGCUCAACAUUGGGGCCUUCUUCUUCGAGAAGAGAUUCGCCUUUCCCAAUGAGCAUAUCACGACCUACGAUGACCUGAAAUCUCAGAUUCUCGGCGGUACACACGUCACAUUCUUGGGCCUUGCGGAAUUGUGCGAAGGAAACCCGACGACGGGGGUGUCCAAGGCUCAGGGAGGAGGCUACCAUAUUCAGUUCUACGUCGAAAUCAACCCGGACAACGGCCAAGAGGACAUCAUCCUAGAAUACGACUACUUGGGAGUGAGCAUGGACGGUUCCACGCCGACCUUCAACGUCGUUCGAAUGAGAGUCUAUCCAGGUGGGUUCGUGAACGUCACCGGGAACUCCUUCCUCACGACGACCUGGGAAGACGAAUAUCCCUUCCCCGAGGGGUUCCAGUGCACUCUCGACGACGGUGCUCGCUUCCAGUAUCGGCGACGUGAGCCUCUUCACUCAAAUCCAUCGCAGUUUAGAACCCUUUCUAGAAGCAUGCUUUCGCUGUUUGAGAAGGUAAAUCGUUAUUAUGUCAUCGGCAAAUGA